GGUCUGGCUCUCCGGUUGCAUAUUGUUGGACACGGAACUCCGGAUGAACGUAGACACUGGCAGCGAGAGCCGGUUUAACUUUACUUAGACAAGACAACACGAGACUGUGCUUGUUCUCUCGCAGAGCAGGUUCAAUGGGCGUUCUAAUCAUCCAUAGCGGAUAGGUGAAGGUGGCACAACAGGACCAUGGAGCCCAAUGUCAUCCGUCUGUACUCUUCCUCUCCGCCUCCACUGGAUGCGGCCGGAGAGGAAGAAGAGGAGGAUGAGUUUGGUGAGUUCGGGGGUUUCGAUGGUGGAGGGGUGUCAACCAGUUUCAGCUUCUCAGAGCUCGACACGCCCACAACAUUCAACCAGUCAAACGCACUGGAGGACUCCCCACCUGACCUGUACAUCAAAUCUGUGCAGAAUGUCACUGUUUCGGGGAGUGGAUGGGAUAAUGAUAAAAAAAUGGAAGAAGAAUCUAUCCACAAUGUUGAGAAAACAGAGAAGGAAUCGUGUGACAUUCUCACAGAUGGCAUGACAUCCUCCGACCUACAGAUGGAGAUCUCCGUCGAAUAUGGUCAGAAAUCUCCCUCAAUAAUUCCCGAUGUCCAAAACAGCUGUAUGGGUGAUAGACACAGCCUCAGUAACGGCUACAGUGAGUCAUGUGCAAAUUCAGAGAUGCACAGUGCUCUUUCCACCUGCUUACAAAGCACAGACACUGAGGAACACUCUGGACUAGACGUAAACAUAGCUGAUGUGUUUGACAGAAAGCAGUUAAUUAACCAAACGGACAACCUGCCAGACUCAAACAGUCAGUCAUUGCAUGAAGAAGAAUCAGAACCUGGAGAGACGGAAACGAGACUGGAGUUAUCUGGUGACUCCCAGUCAUUUACUUCCAGUAGACACGCAAAGGAGGCUGAAGGUGAGCAGGAUCAAAUAGAGAACUUUAUUGUUUGUGGUGACGCAGGCUGCCUAGACAGGUCGGCGGACUCUGUUGACAUAGCCGAAACAGAGAAGGACCCCUCAAUGGAUGUGGAUCUAAUCUCUGACACACAGCUGAGCAGAGACACAAGGGAAAUUAAUGGAUCAUCUGUAAAGGCAGCGGUGGAAGUAAAUGAGGAGAUUGAGACGAACAUAGACCCCACAGCUGAUGAGGAUUUUGGAAAUUUCAGAGAUGCAACUCAGGGUUUUGCAGACUUCAGCCGAACUGAAUCUAUAACCCAGGACGGAUUUCCUGAAUUUGUCACAGCGAUGUCCAGGUGCUCCACGGAUGAUGAGUUUGAUGACAUGGACAGCCUGAAGGACUUCAAGGAUGACCUUGAGCUGGCUGAGGAAACAACGGACAAUGAAGUAGCUUUUUGUUCUGAGUUGCCUCCUAGUGACAGUUUUGCCGACUUCAGUUCAGCUCCGUUUGGAGGUGUGGCGGUGGGAGAAGAGGACAACUGGGCUGCGUUUGGACCACCUGAAGUCACUGAAGAGGGUCAGGGUUCAUGGGCCACAUUUGGGAAUGAACAGAGUACUUACCUGGGUAAAGAAGAACAAGAUGUUGAGACUUCAGCAGCACCCUCUAGUGACAACCUCCAGAGUAGCACUGCUGAUUUCAGCUGCAAAACACAGCAUCUCUUCAGAACCGCCUUCCCUUCAGACAUCCCUCCUGAGGUCAAUGGGGUCACUGAGGUUUUGCCCCUCCACAAAUUCCUACAGGCUCAGGAUCCUCAGGAGCAAAGGGAUCCAAGCAGCUCUUUUGCACAGGAGAAUGCAUUGGCCAUGUGGCGCCACCUUCAGGACAUCCACGGCACUCAUGGCCUUAACACACAGACAUGCGGUGUUGAUCCAGAGAUAUAUGAACUGACUACAGCUAAAAUGGAAAACAACGCCACUGGGCGCUACAUUGCAGAUGCAUUUACAAAACUCAUGGAGUCUAUGGAGAGAACCAGAACAACAGCCAGGAAGCCAGAAAAAGAUGAAAAGAUAAGCAAAGAAGCAGCAAAGGUGAUCUCUCUUCUCCCUGACCUAUCCUUCAUGCAGGCCAGGGUCCUAAUGUUCCCCUCCAUCCUAACUCCAGCAACCAAUCACAUAUAA